UAAAAAAUCUUACAUGCCAAAAAUGGACCGAUGUUCUCUUAUUAUUUUCUGCUUUCUUGUGGCAUCAAUCCUCUUCAUAGCUGGAGUUCAAAGUAAGCUGUCUCUUUCCUUAUUUAUGGAAUUAAUUAAAAUUUAUCAAUAACCUUUCUUACUGAAUAGUUUUGUGGUUGCGGCUGUAUGUGUAUAUGUUCCCAAGGUGGCAAUGAACAGAGCAAAGGCCAAAAUUCUAAGCAUUCAUCACCUACUGCUCCAAGUCAAGGGCAGAAGAAUCCACCCGCGGCUCACCAAAAUUCUCCAUUUAAUUCAGGGAGCGCUGAAGUUUGUAGUAAUUAUGCUGCACUCAACGGAAAUAAUAAACCUACGAAGAGUUGCUAUCCAGCCUAUCCUAGAACUACUGGUCGUGGAGAACCUAUCAGGUGUAUUCCGGGCCGAGGAUGCAGGGGGGGCUGAGGAACUAAGAGCAAGCAACAAUAUAAUAAAAGCUUAACCACCCCUUUAGUUUUUUUUUUGCUGCUUUGUUUUUUAAGUUAGUUUUUGGAAAGCAUCCAUAUUUUGCAAGUUGUUCUUCUAUUUCGAUUUGCCCAAGAAAAGUGCAGUUUGGGCAAUGAUUUAAAUCCUCUCGAUGAUUCUUCUUUUUGUUUUGAUUUCUUUAGGGUGUUUUUAUAAUUUUGUAAUCCGACUGAAGAAUGCAGUUUGGAUUAAAAAAAAUUCUCUUAA